CCCUUCAAUUCGCCCGUGGCCAUGCAGAAGGCCAAGCACACUGUGGAGUCGGAAUACGCCGUGGUGGGCACCUGGGAGGAUACAAACAUCACACUGACCGUGCUGGAGCACUAUAUACCACGUUAUUUUCGGCACGCCAAGGUGGCCUAUUAUCUGGGUGAGGAGCGUUUGUCCCGCAUCAAUCGCAACAAUGUCACGCGCAUCGUGAGCGACGAGACGCGCCAGAUUCUGCGCAAGAAUCUGACAAACGAAAUCGAGUUCUAUGAGUUCUGCAAACAGCGUCUCUAUCUGCAGUAUGCAGCGCUUGGGAAUGGCAAACGCUUUGGCGAUGAUGACUAUUUGCUGAUGCCGGAGAUGCACGGCGACGAUGCUAAAGACGACUCUGAGUAUUAAACAGACGUGCAUAUAUACAAUAUGUAUACAUAUUUUGUAAAUAUAUGCUCGCAUAAACUAAGCUUCAAUAAAUUCCUAAAUACAUUAACAUAUAUGUUGACUCUCAGACUCUUACC